AUGCUUGACAAAAAUGUGGCUUGUGUUACAAAGGCAAUUGCUGUACCUGGUUCUGAUUGUGCAAAGAAUAACUUAAAGUCAUCUGAAGAUUCAAGUGGGCAAGAUAAAUCAGGUGCAAAGAAAAACUUAAAGUCAUCAAAAGACUCAAGUGGGCAAGAUACAUCAGAUCAGAAUUCAAAAUCAUCAAAGCUGAUCUUUAUUUCACCAACGACUCCCCCUGUGUUCAGAAGUCUUUCUUCGGCUCACAAUAGCCAAGUCUGCAGUACAUGGGGUAAUUACCACUUUAAAACCUUUGAUGGAGACAUAUUCUACUAUCCCGGAACCUGCAAUUACUUGUAUGCUUCUAACUGCCAUAGUAACUUUGAAGAAUUUAACAUCCAAAUCAGACGUUCUGUUGUGGAGGGCCUUCCCACUAUUAGUGGCAUCAGUAUGAAGAUAGAUGGUGUAUUUAUUGAACUGAAAAGUGGAAGUAUUACAUUCAAUGGUGACAUAGUUGAAAUGCCAUAUGCUUAUUCGGGGAUCCAGAUUGACAGAAGAGGAAUGUAUAUUAGAGUCAAUGCUAAAUUGGGACUUGAAUUCAUGUGGAAUGAAGAUGAUGCUGUUCUGUUGGAACUGGAUACUAAAUUUGCCAAUCAAACAUGUGGUCUUUGUGGAGAUUUCAAUGGGAUUCCAAUUUACAAUGAAUUCAUUUCAAACAAUGUACAACUCACUGGUAUCCAGUAUGGAAACUUGCAGAAGUACAAUGGUCCAACAGAAACAUGCCUAGAUCUGACCAUGACUGUCAAGGAUGGCUGCACAGAUCUUAGUAGAAUAUGUGAAGUCACAUUGACCAGCUCAGCUUUCUCAUCCUGCAACAAGCUUGUAGAUCCUAUGCAAUACAUUAACGCCUGUGUGCAAGAUCUAUGUCGUUGUGCAAAAAAUGCAACUGGUUUCUGCCUAUGUAACACUUUCACUGAGUAUUCCAGACAGUGCGCCCAUGCCGGAGGUGUACCUGGAAAUUGGAGGACAGACAGCAUGUGCCCAUUGAAAUGUAACCAGAAUCUACAGUACAAGGAAUGUGGAAACCCAUGUCCAAACACUUGCACCAACCUGGAACACUCAUCAGUCUGUGACAGCCACUGUAUUGAUGGAUGCUUUUGUCCAGAAGGAACCGUUUAUGAUGACAUCAAAAACGUAGGUUGUAUUCCAAGGCAGCAGUGCUCCUGUUCCUAUAAUGGACAUGUCUACGCAGCAGGCACUGGGUUUUCUGAGAAAUGUCAAUCUUGCACCUGUGCUGAUGGCAAGUGGAAAUGUGCCGAAGAUGCUUGCUUAGGAUCCUGCUCUGUUGUGGGAGGCUCUCAUAUAACCUCUUUUGAUGCCACGCAAUACACAUUUCAUGGAGACUGCAGUUAUGUCUUGGCCAAGACGUGUAACAGGCCCACCUUUAGUAUCCUUGGAGAAAUUCUUCAGUGUGGUCUGACUAAUACAGAGACUUGCCUAAAAAGUAUCACCCUUAUUUUAGAUGGUGGAAAUGAGCUAAUUUAUAUUAAACCUUGUGGAAGUGUUUAUGUGAACUCUGUCUUUACACAACUUCCAGUGUCAACAGCAAGUGUUACAAUCUUCAAGCCUUCCACCUUUUUCAUAAUCGUGCAGACUGCAAUCGGAGUCCAGAUUCAAGUUCAACUUGUUCCUAUGAUGCAAGUGUAUCUCAAUGUUGACCCAUCCUAUUCAAGUAAACUCUGCGGACUCUGUGGCAACUUCAACAAAAUUCAAGCUGAUGACUUCACAGUGCUCAGUGGAGUGGUUGAAGGGACAGGAUCCUCUUUUGCCAACACAUGGAAGACCCAAGCUGACUGCCCUAAUGUCAAGAACAGUUUUGAAAACCCAUGUUCACUUAGCAUUGAAAAUGAGCAAUAUGCAGAACACUGGUGCGCUCUGAUCACAGACCCUAAUGGACCAUUCGCAGCCUGUCAUCUGAAAGUGAAUCCAACCACUUAUCAAUCAAACUGUAUGUUUGACACAUGCAAUUGUGAAAACACAGAGGACUGCAUGUGUGCUGCACUUUCGUCAUACGCCCAUGCAUGCUCUUCAGCAGGAAUUGUUCUCAAGGGAUGGAGAAAAAAUAUCUGCAAUACCUAUACCUCCACCUGCCCCAAAACUUUGAUGUACAGCUAUCAUGUUAGAACAUGUCAGUCCACCUGCCGUUCCCUCAGUGAACAUGACAUCACUUGCGACAUCUCAUUUGUACCUGUUGAUGGCUGCAUAUGUCAGAAUGGAACCUAUCUAGAUGACUCCGGCGUAUGUGUUCUCCCUACUUCCUGUCCCUGUUAUUACAAGGGCACGGCAGUACCUCCAGGGGAAGUGGUCCAUGACAAUGGGGCUUUGUGCACUUGUACCAAAGGAAAACUGGACUGUAUGGGAGAAAAACCUCAAGUUACCUCAUGUAGCGCCCCCAUGUUCUAUUUUGAUUGCACCAACAAAACUGCUGGCACGAAGGGAUCUGAAUGCCAGAAGAGCUGUCAAACCCUGGAUAUGAAUUGUUACAGUACACAGUGUGUGUCCGGCUGCAUGUGUCCUGCAGGAUAUAUCACUGAUGGAAAAGGAGGCUGUGUCACGGAGGAUCAAUGCCCAUGUCUACACAACAAUGAAGUCUACCUGCCAGGUGCCAAGAUCAAUAUGAAAUGCAAUACUUGUGUAUGUCGGAAAAGAAAUUGGGACUGCACCACUGAAUCAUGCAUGUCAACAUGCUCUGUGUACGGAGAUGGACACUAUGUUACCUUUGACAGCAAGAGAUACAGUUUCAAUGGAGACUGUGAAUACACAUUGGCUCAAGAUUACUGUGGUGAUAGUGCUGGAGGUUCAUUCCGCAUCAUCACAGAAAAUAUCCCUUGUGGUACUACAGGAACUACAUGCUCUAAAUCCAUCAAAGUCUAUCUUGGAAACACUGAACUGAUACUUGCUGAGGAUAAUUUGCAAGUUGUACAAAGAAAUGCUGGUCAAAAUGUUCCAUACAAAGUGCACCAAAUGGGAAUAUAUAUGGUGAUUGAAGCAGUGAAUGGGUUGGUUUUGACGUGGGAUCAGAAAACUAGCAUAUAUAUUAAGCUGGAGUCCAAUUUCAAGGGUAAAGUAUGUGGGCUUUGCGGUAACUAUGAUGGCAAUUCAGUCAACGAUUUUACCACCAGAAGUUUCUCAGUGGUUGGAGAUGUUAUUGAAUUUGGCAACAGCUGGAAACUUUCCCCGAGCUGCUUAGAUUCUGUGGCAAUUGGAGAUCCUUGCUCUUCCAAUUUAUACAGAAAAGCAUGGUCACAGAGACAGUGUAGUGUUAUUACCAGUGAAACCUUCGCAGCAUGUCAUCCUCUGGUCAACCCCAUUAAUUAUUAUGAUGCUUGUGUUAAUGAUGCCUGUGCUUGUGACACUGGUGGAGAUUGUGAGUGCUUCUGUACAGCUGUAGCAGCAUAUGCCCAAGCUUGCAGUGAAGCUGGAGCCUGCGUGACUUGGAGAAGUCCAACAAUGUGCCCUGUGUUCUGUGAUUACUACAAUUCUGAAGGACACUGUGAAUGGCACUACAAAUCAUGUGGAGCACCAUGUAUGAAGACCUGUAGAAACCGAGCUGGAACCUGCUAUCAUAAAUUAUCAGGGUUAGAAGGAUGUUACCCUAGCUGCCCAGAAGAUAGACCUUACUUUGAUGAGGAAACUAUGAAGUGUGUGCCAGCUUGCAACUGUUAUGAUAAAAAUGGAACAAUAUAUAAUAUCGGCGAUUUCAUGCCUAGAGAAGAUGAAAAAGAAAAUUGCACAACCUGGACAUGCACGAAAGAGGGUAAACAAUGUACAGACCAUGGAUGUAUUUAUGAAAAGCGAAUGUAUAAGGACGGAGACAUAAUUUAUAACACAACUGAUGGCAUUGGAGGUUGUAUUAUAGCCAUAUGUGUUAAUAGCACAAUCAAUAGAACUAAUAGUGAUUGCUAUCAAAGUACUACAACUGUGUCAACUACAACAUUUGUCUUCUCCACUACCAGCCCUAUUACAACAACCAGUUCCCCUGUCAUCACAGUGUGUUCUGUGGAUGUUUCUACAGUUUCAUGCAAUUGGACAGACUGGUAUGAUGUGACCUAUCCAAAGUAUGGAAACGACAAAGGAGAUUUUGAAACUUUUGAAAAUAUUAGAAAAUUUGGAUAUAAUAUAUGUGAUGCUCCACAAAAUAUAGAAUGCAGAGCAAAGGAAUUUCCCGAUGAAAAACUAGAAGAUUUAAAUCAAGAUCUAAUAUGCAACAAGGAUGUUGGACUUCUGUGUCUCAAUAGCAAGAAUUUCCCACUGUGCUACAAUUAUGAAAUAAGGGUUCAAUGCUGUGUUGCAAACAAUAAAUGUCACACAACAGAAACAGAAACUACAGAAAGUAUACCAACAGUAUCAACAAAAGUGACAUCUCCACCAUCAACCUAUUCUUCUGUUCCAACUUCAGCUUAUUCUUCAACUACCUCAACAAAAACAACACCAGUAAUAUCUACCUCUACCCCAUCAUUUACCAUUUCAUCAACUAAAGUAACAUUAUCAUCAUCUACACCAUCAACAACUUCUACAUCAUCACCAUCUACACCUUCAACCCCUCAGUCUGUUUCAACUUCAACUUCUUAUUCAACAUCAUCAUCAACAUCAUCACUGACAACCUCUAAACCCACAUCCACAAAAACAGUGGUCAUAUCCUCUACACCAUCUUCCUCCUCAACAACUUCAACUUCUACUCUUGUUACUACUUCAACAACAUGCCCAUAUACAAUGAACUGUCGUUACACAAACUGGAUUGAUGAAAACAAACCUACAAAAGGCAGAUCAGGUGGAGAAUAUGAAAAUCUGCUAACAUUAAAAUCCAGAGGAGAGCAAGUUUGUUCAGAAAGUGAAAUGAUGAACUCCAUCCAGUGUGAUGCAGUAGAGACUUCAGGAUCGAGUGGUGAAAGGGCACAUUCAAGUGGUGAAAAGGCACAUUCAAGCAGUGAGAGAGCACGCUCAAGCAGUGAAGAAGCAAAAGAAGUAUACAGUUGUGACCUUCAAAAUGGCCUGGUGUGUCUCAAUUCAAAACAGAAGGGUUUCUUAAAUAAUCAGUGUUCAAAUUACAGGAUCAGGAUUUUAUGUUGUGCCAAAUAUUGUGGACCAGCAACAACACCACCCCCAACCAAGUCGACUUACGUAGUAUCAUCGACAACUUCUACAUCAACUAAAGUAACAUCUUCAUCAUCCACACCAUCAACAACUUCUACAUCAACUAAAGUAACAUCCUCAUAUACACCAUCAACUACUUCUACAUCAACUAAAGUAACAUCAUCAUCAUCUACACCAUCAACCCCUCACUCUGUUUCAACAUCAACUCCUUCUUCAACUACUUCUUCAACAACAACUUCAACACUAACAACUCCAAUCGUUUCAUCAUCAUCAUCAUCAUCAUCAAUAUCAUCACUAACAACCUCUAAACCCACUUCCACAACAACAGUGGUCACAUCCUCUACACCAUCUUCCUCCUCAACAACUUCAACUUCUACUCUUGUUACUACUUCAACAACAUGCCCAUAUACAAUGAACUGUCGUUACACAAACUGGAUUGAUGAAAACAAACCUACAAAAGGCAGAUCAGGUGGAGAAUAUGAAAAUCUGCUAACAUUAAAAUCUAGAGGAAAUCAAAUUUGUUCAGAAAGUGAAAUGAUGAACUCCAUCCAAUGUGAUGCAGUAGAGAUUUCAGGAACAAGUGGUGAAAGGGCACGUUCAAGCGAUGAAAGGUCACGUUCAAGCAAUGAAAGGCAACGCUCAAGCAGUGAGAGGGCACACUCAAGCAGUGAAGAAGCAAAACAAGUAUACAGUUGUGACCUUCAAAAUGGCCUGGUUUGUCUCAAUUCAAAACAGAAGGGUUUCUUAAAUAAUCAGUGUUCAAAUUACAGGAUCAGGAUUUUAUGUUGUGCCAAAUAUUGUGGACCAGCAACAACACCACCCCCAACCAAGUCGACUUACGUAGUAUCAUCGACAACUUCUACAUCAACUAAAGUAACAUCUUCAUCAUCCACACCAUCAACAACUUCUACAUCAACUAAAGUAACAUCCUCAUAUACACCAUCAACUACUUCUACAUCAACUAAAGUAACAUCAUCAUCAUCUACACCAUCAACCCCUCACUCUGUUUCAACAUCAACUCCUUCUUCAACUCCUUCUUCAACAACAACUUCAACACUAACAACUCCAAUCGUUUCAUCAUCAUCAUCAUCAUCAAUAUCAUCACUAACAACCUCUAAACCCACUUCCACAACAACAGUGGUCACAUCCUCUACACCAUCUUCCUCCUCAACAACUUCAACUUCUACUCUUGUUACUACUUCAACAACAUGCCCAUAUACAAUGAACUGUCGUUACACAAACUGGAUUGAUGAAAACAAACCUACAAAAGGCAGAUCAGGUGGAGAAUAUGAAAAUCUGCUAACAUUAAAAUCUAGAGGAAAUCAAAUUUGUUCAGAAAGUGAAAUGAUGAACUCCAUCCAAUGUGAUGCAGUAGAGAUUUCAGGAACAAGUGGUGAAAGGGCACGUUCAAGCGAUGAAAGGUCACGUUCAAGCAAUGAAAGGCAACGCUCAAGCAGUGAGAGGGCACACUCAAGCAGUGAAGAAGCAAAACAAGUAUACAGUUGUGACCUUCAAAAUGGCCUGGUUUGUCUCAAUUCAAAACAGAAGGGUUUCUUAAAUAAUCAGUGUUCAAAUUACAGGAUCAGGAUUUUAUGUUGUGCCAAAUAUUGUGGACCAGCAACAACACCACCCCCAACCAAGUCGACUUACGUAGUAUCAUCGACAACUUCUACAUCAACUAAAGUAACAUCUUCAUCAUCCACACCAUCAACAACUUCUACAUCAACUAAAGUAACAUCCUCAUAUACACCAUCAACUACUUCUACAUCAACUAAAGUAACAUCAUCAUCAUCUACACCAUCAACCCCUCACUCUGUUUCAACCUCAACUCCUUCUUCAACUCCUUCUUCAACAACAACUUCAACACUAACAACUCCAAUCGUUUCAUCAUCAUCAUUAACAUCAUCACUAACAACCUCUAAACCCACUUCCACAACAACAGUGGUCACAUCCUCUACACCAUCUUCCUCCUCAACAACGUCAACUUCUACUCUUGUUACUACUUCAACAACAUGUCCAUAUACAAUGAACUGUCGUUACACAAACUGGAUUGAUGAAAACAAACCUACAAAAGGCAGAUCAGGUGGAGAAUAUGAAAAUCUGCUAACAUUAAAAUCUAGAGGAAAUCAAAUUUGUUCAGAAAGUGAAAUGAUGAACUCCAUCCAAUGUGAUGCAGUAGAGAUUUCAGGAACAAGUGGUGAAAGGGCACGUUCAAGCGAUGAAAGGUCACGUUCAAGCAAUGAAAGGCAACGCUCAAGCAGUGAGAGGGCACACUCAAGCAGUGAAGAAGCAAAACAAGUAUACAGUUGUGACCUUCAAAAUGGCCUGGUUUGUCUCAAUUCAAAACAGAAGGGUUUCUUAAAUAAUCAGUGUUCAAAUUACAGGAUCAGGAUUUUAUGUUGUGCCAAAUAUUGUGGACCAGCAACAACACCACCCCCAACCAAGUCGACUUACGUAGUAUCAUCGACAACUUCUACAUCAACUAAAGUAACAUCUUCAUCAUCCACACCAUCAACAACUUCUACAUCAACUAAAGUAACAUCCUCAUAUACACCAUCAACUACUUCUACAUCAACUAAAGUAACAUCAUCAUCAUCUACACCAUCAACCCCUCACUCUGUUUCAACCUCAACUCCUUCUUCAACUCCUUCUUCAACAACAACUUCAACACUAACAACUCCAAUCGUUUCAUCAUCAUCAUCAUCAUCAUCAAUAUCAUCACUAACAACCUCUAAACCCACUUCCACAACAACAGUGGUCACAUCCUCUACACCAUCUUCCUCCUCAACAACUUCAACUUCUACUCUUGUUACUACUUCAACAACAUGCCCAUAUACAAUGAACUGUCGUUACACAAACUGGAUUGAUGAAAACAAACCUACAAAAGGCAGAUCAGGUGGAGAAUAUGAAAAUCUGCUAACAUUAAAAUCUAGAGGAAAUCAAAUUUGUUCAGAAAGUGAAAUGAUGAACUCCAUCCAAUGUGAUGCAGUAGAGAUUUCAGGAACAAGUGGUGAAAGGGCACGUUCAAGCGAUGAAAGGUCACGUUCAAGCAAUGAAAGGCAACGCUCAAGCAGUGAGAGGGCACACUCAAGCAGUGAAGAAGCAAAACAAGUAUACAGUUGUGACCUUCAAAAUGGCCUGGUUUGUCUCAAUUCAAAACAGAAGGGUUUCUUAAAUAAUCAGUGUUCAAAUUACAGGAUCAGGAUUUUAUGUUGUGCCAAAUAUUGUGGACCAGCAACAACACCACCCCCAACCAAGUCGACUUACGUAGUAUCAUCGACAACUUCUACAUCAACUAAAGUAACAUCUUCAUCAUCCACACCAUCAACAACUUCUACAUCAACUAAAGUAACAUCCUCAUAUACACCAUCAACUACUUCUACAUCAACUAAAGUAACAUCAUCAUCAUCUACACCAUCAACCCCUCACUCUGUUUCAACAUCAACUCCUUCUUCAACUCCUUCUUCAACAACAACUUCAACACUAACAACUCCAAUCGUUUCAUCAUCAUCAUCAUCAUCAAUAUCAUCACUAACAACCUCUAAACCCACUUCCACAACAACAGUGGUCACAUCCUCUACACCAUCUUCCUCCUCAACAACUUCAACUUCUACUCUUGUUACUACUUCAACAACAUGCCCAUAUACAAUGAACUGUCGUUACACAAACUGGAUUGAUGAAAACAAACCUACAAAAGGCAGAUCAGGUGGAGAAUAUGAAAAUCUGCUAACAUUAAAAUCUAGAGGAAAUCAAAUUUGUUCAGAAAGUGAAAUGAUGAACUCCAUCCAAUGUGAUGCAGUAGAGAUUUCAGGAACAAGUGGUGAAAGGGCACGUUCAAGCGAUGAAAGGUCACGUUCAAGCAAUGAAAGGCAACGCUCAAGCAGUGAGAGGGCACACUCAAGCAGUGAAGAAGCAAAACAAGUAUACAGUUGUGACCUUCAAAAUGGCCUGGUUUGUCUCAAUUCAAAACAGAAGGGUUUCUUAAAUAAUCAGUGUUCAAAUUACAGGAUCAGGAUUUUAUGUUGUGCCAAAUAUUGUGGACCAGCAACAACACCACCCCCAACCAAGUCGACUUACGUAGUAUCAUCGACAACUUCUACAUCAACUAAAGUAACAUCUUCAUCAUCCACACCAUCAACAACUUCUACAUCAACUAAAGUAACAUCCUCAUAUACACCAUCAACUACUUCUACAUCAACUAAAGUAACAUCAUCAUCAUCUACACCAUCAACCCCUCACUCUGUUUCAACCUCAACUCCUUCUUCAACUCCUUCUUCAACAACAACUUCAACACUAACAACUCCAAUCGUUUCAUCAUCAUCAUUAACAUCAUCACUAACAACCUCUAAACCCACUUCCACAACAACAGUGGUCACAUCCUCUACACCAUCUUCCUCCUCAACAACGUCAACUUCUACUCUUGUUACUACUUCAACAACAUGUCCAUAUACAAUGAACUGUCGUUACACAAACUGGAUUGAUGAAAACAAACCUACAAAAGGCAGAUCAGGUGGAGAAUAUGAAAAUCUGCUAACAUUAAAAUCUAGAGGAAAUCAAAUUUGUUCAGAAAGUGAAAUGAUGAACUCCAUCCAAUGUGAUGCAGUAGAGAUUUCAGGAACAAGUGGUGAAAGGGCACGUUCAAGCGAUGAAAGGUCACGUUCAAGCAAUGAAAGGCAACGCUCAAGCAGUGAGAGGGCACACUCAAGCAGUGAAGAAGCAAAACAAGUAUACAGUUGUGACCUUCAAAAUGGCCUGGUUUGUCUCAAUUCAAAACAGAAGGGUUUCUUAAAUAAUCAGUGUUCAAAUUACAGGAUCAGGAUUUUAUGUUGUGCCAAAUAUUGUGGACCAGCAACAACACCACCCCCAACCAAGUCGACUUACGUAGUAUCAUCGACAACUUCUACAUCAACUAAAGUAACAUCUUCAUCAUCCACACCAUCAACAACUUCUACAUCAACUAAAGUAACAUCCUCAUAUACACCAUCAACUACUUCUACAUCAACUAAAGUAACAUCAUCAUCAUCUACACCAUCAACCCCUCACUCUGUUUCAACAUCAACUCCUUCUUCAACAACAACUUCAACACUAACAACUCCAAUCGUUUCAUCAUCAUCAUCAUCAUCAAUAUCAUCACUAACAACCUCUAAACCCACUUCCACAACAACAGUGGUCACAUCCUCUACACCAUCUUCCUCCUCAACAACUUCAACUUCUACUCUUGUUACUACUUCAACAACAUGCCCAUAUACAAUGAACUGUCGUUACACAAACUGGAUUGAUGAAAACAAACCUACAAAAGGCAGAUCAGGUGGAGAAUAUGAAAAUCUGCUAACAUUAAAAUCUAGAGGAAAUCAAAUUUGUUCAGAAAGUGAAAUGAUGAACUCCAUCCAAUGUGAUGCAGUAGAGAUUUCAGGAACAAGUGGUGAAAGGGCACGUUCAAGCGAUGAAAGGUCACGUUCAAGCAAUGAAAGGCAACGCUCAAGCAGUGAGAGGGCACACUCAAGCAGUGAAGAAGCAAAACAAGUAUACAGUUGUGACCUUCAAAAUGGCCUGGUUUGUCUCAAUUCAAAACAGAAGGGUUUCUUAAAUAAUCAGUGUUCAAAUUACAGGAUCAGGAUUUUAUGUUGUGCCAAAUAUUGUGGACCAGCAACAACACCACCCCCAACCAAGUCGACUUACGUAGUAUCAUCGACAACUUCUACAUCAACUAAAGUAACAUCUUCAUCAUCCACACCAUCAACAACUUCUACAUCAACUAAAGUAACAUCCUCAUAUACACCAUCAACUACUUCUACAUCAACUAAAGUAACAUCAUCAUCAUCUACACCAUCAACCCCUCACUCUGUUUCAACCUCAACUCCUUCUUCAACUCCUUCUUCAACAACAACUUCAACACUAACAACUCCAAUCGUUUCAUCAUCAUCAUUAACAUCAUCACUAACAACCUCUAAACCCACUUCCACAACAACAGUGGUCACAUCCUCUACACCAUCUUCCUCCUCAACAACGUCAACUUCUACUCUUGUUACUACUUCAACAACAUGCCCAUAUACAAUGAACUGUCGUUACACAAACUGGAUUGAUGAAAACAAACCUACAAAAGGCAGAUCAGGUGGAGAAUAUGAAAAUCUGCUAACAUUAAAAUCUAGAGGAAAUCAAAUUUGUUCAGAAAGUGAAAUGAUGAACUCCAUCCAAUGUGAUGCAGUAGAGAUUUCAGGAACAAGUGGUGAAAGGGCACGUUCAAGCGAUGAAAGGUCACGUUCAAGCAAUGAAAGGCAACGCUCAAGCAGUGAGAGGGCACACUCAAGCAGUGAAGAAGCAAAACAAGUAUACAGUUGUGACCUUCAAAAUGGCCUGGUUUGUCUCAAUUCAAAACAGAAGGGUUUCUUAAAUAAUCAGUGUUCAAAUUACAGGAUCAGGAUUUUAUGUUGUGCCAAAUAUUGUGGACCAGCAACAACACCACCCCCAACCAAGUCGACUUACGUAGUAUCAUCGACAACUUCUACAUCAACUAAAGUAACAUCUUCAUCAUCCACACCAUCAACAACUUCUACAUCAACUAAAGUAACAUCCUCAUAUACACCAUCAACUACUUCUACAUCAACUAAAGUAACAUCAUCAUCAUCUACACCAUCAACCCCUCACUCUGUUUCAACAUCAACUCCUUCUUCAACAACAACUUCAACACUAACAACUCCAAUCGUUUCAUCAUCAUCAUCAUCAUCAAUAUCAUCACUAACAACCUCUAAACCCACUUCCACAACAACAGUGGUCACAUCCUCUACACCAUCUUCCUCCUCAACAACUUCAACUUCUACUCUUGUUACUACUUCAACAACAUGCCCAUAUACAAUGAACUGUCGUUACACAAACUGGAUUGAUGAAAACAAACCUACAAAAGGCAGAUCAGGUGGAGAAUAUGAAAAUCUGCUAACAUUAAAAUCUAGAGGAAAUCAAAUUUGUUCAGAAAGUGAAAUGAUGAACUCCAUCCAAUGUGAUGCAGUAGAGAUUUCAGGAACAAGUGGUGAAAAGGCACGUUCAAGCGAUGAAAGGUCACGUUCAAGCAAUGAAAGGCAACGCUCAAGCAGUGAGAGGGCACACUCAAGCAGUGAAGAAGCAAAACAAGUAUACAGUUGUGACCUUCAAAAUGGCCUGGUUUGUCUCAAUUCAAAACAGAAGGGUUUCUUAAAUAAUCAGUGUUCAAAUUACAGGAUCAGGAUUUUAUGUUGUGCCAAAUAUUGUGGACCAGCAACAACACCACCCCCAACCAAGUCGACUUACGUAGUAUCAUCGACAACUUCUACAUCAACUAAAGUAACAUCUUCAUCAUCCACACCAUCAACAACUUCUACAUCAACUAAAGUAACAUCCUCAUAUACACCAUCAACUACUUCUACAUCAACUAAAGUAACAUCAUCAUCAUCUACACCAUCAACCCCUCACUCUGUUUCAACAUCAACUCCUUCUUCAACUCCUUCUUCAACAACAACUUCAACACUAACAACUCCAAUCGUUUCAUCAUCAUCAUCAUCAUCAAUAUCAUCACUAACAACCUCUAAACCCACUUCCACAACAACAGUGGUCACAUCCUCUACACCAUCUUCCUCCUCAACAACUUCAACUUCUACUCUUGUUACUACUUCAACAACAUGCCCAUAUACAAUGAACUGUCGUUACACAAACUGGAUUGAUGAAAACAAACCUACAAAAGGCAGAUCAGGUGGAGAAUAUGAAAAUCUGCUAACAUUAAAAUCUAGAGGAAAUCAAAUUUGUUCAGAAAGGGAAAUGAUGAACUCCAUCCAAUGUGAUGCAGUAGAGAUUUCAGGAACAAGUGGUGAAAGGGCACGUUCAAGCGAUGAAAGGUCACGUUCAAGCAAUGAAAGGCAACGCUCAAGCAGUGAGAGGGCACACUCAAGCAGUGAAGAAGCAAAACAAGUAUACAGUUGUGACCUUCAAAAUGGCCUGGUUUGUCUCAAUUCAAAACAGAAGGGUUUCUUAAAUAAUCAGUGUUCAAAUUACAGGAUCAGGAUUUUAUGUUGUGCCAAAUAUUGUGGACCAGCAACAACACCACCCCCAACCAAGUCGACUUACGUAGUAUCAUCGACAACUUCUACAUCAACUAAAGUAACAUCUUCAUCAUCCACACCAUCAACAACUUCUACAUCAACUAAAGUAACAUCCUCAUAUACACCAUCAACUACUUCUACAUCAACUAAAGUAACAUCAUCAUCAUCUACACCAUCAACCCCUCACUCUGUUUCAACAUCAACUCCUUCUUCAACUCCUUCUUCAACAACAACUUCAACACUAACAACUCCAAUCGUUUCAUCAUCAUCAUUAACAUCAUCACUAACAACCUCUAAACCCACUUCCACAACAACAGUGGUCACAUCCUCUACACCAUCUUCCUCCUCAACAACGUCAACUUCUACUCUUGUUACUACUUCAACAACAUGUCCAUAUACAAUGAACUGUCGUUACACAAACUGGAUUGAUGAAAACAAACCUACAAAAGGCAGAUCAGGUGGAGAAUAUGAAAAUCUGCUAACAUUAAAAUCUAGAGGAAAUCAAAUUUGUUCAGAAAGUGAAAUGAUGAACUCCAUCCAAUGUGAUGCAGUAGAGAUUUCAGGAACAAGUGGUGAAAGGGCACGUUCAAGCGAUGAAAGGUCACGUUCAAGCAAUGAAAGGCAACGCUCAAGCAGUGAGAGGGCACACUCAAGCAGUGAAGAAGCAAAACAAGUAUACAGUUGUGACCUUCAAAAUGGCCUAGUUUGUCUCAAUUCAAAACAGAAGGGUUUCUUAAAUAAUCAGUGUUCAAAUUACAGGAUCAGGAUUUUAUGUUGUGCCAAAUAUUGUGGACCAGCAACAACACCACCCCCAACCAAGUCGACUUACGUAGUAUCAUCGACAACUUCUACAUCAACUAAAGUAACAUCUUCAUCAUCCACACCAUCAACUACUUCUACAUCAACUAAAGUAUCAUCAUCAUCAUCUACACCAUCAACCCCUCACUCUGUUUCAACAUCAACUCCUUAUUCAACUCCUUCUUCAACAACAACUUCAACAAUAACAACUCCAAUCAUUUCAACAUCAUCAUCAACAUCUUCACUAACAACCUCUAAACCCACUUCCACGACAACAGUGGUCACAUCCUCUACACCAUCUUCCUCUUCAACAACUUCAACAUCUACUCUUGUUACUACUCUUGCUACAUCAUCAUCAUAUACACCAUCGACUACUUCUACAUCAACUGAAGUAACAUCAUCAUUAUCUACACCAUCAACCCCUCACUCUGUUUCAACCUCAACUCCUUCUUCAACUCCUUCUUCAACAACAACUUCAACACUAACAACUCCAUUCGUUUCAUCAUCAUCAUUAACAUCAUCACUAACAACCUCUAAACCCACUUCCACAACAACAGUGGUCACAUCCUCUACACCAUCUUCCUCCUCAACAACGUCAACUUCUACUCUUGUUACUACUUCAACAACAUGUCCAUAUACAAUGAACUGUCGUUACACAAACUGGAUUGAUGAAAACAAACCUACAAAAGGCAGAUCAGGUGGAGAAUAUGAAAAUCUGCUAACAUUAAAAUCUAGAGGAAAUCAAAUUUGUUCAGAAAGUGAAAUGAUGAACUCCAUCCAAUGUGAUGCAGUAGAGAUUUCAGGAACAAGUGGUGAAAGGGCACGUUCAAGCGAUGAAAGGUCACGUUCAAGCAAUGAAAGGCAACGCUCAAGCAGUGAGAGGGCACACUCAAGCAGUGAAGAAGCAAAACAAGUAUACAGUUGUGACCUUCAAAAUGGCCUAGUUUGUCUCAAUUCAAAACAGAAGGGUUUCUUAAAUAAUCAGUGUUCAAAUUACAGGAUCAGGAUUUUAUGUUGUGCCAAAUAUUGUGGACCAGCAACAACACCACCCCCAACCAAGUCGACUUACGUAGUAUCAUCGACAACUUCUACAUCAACUAAAGUAACAUCUUCAUCAUCCACACCAUCAACUACUUCUACAUCAACUAAAGUAACAUCAUCAUCAUCUACACCAUCAACCCCUCACUCUGUUUCAACAUCAACUCCUUCUUCAACUCCUUCUUCAACAACAACUUCAACACUAACAACUCCAAUCGUUUCAUCAUCAUCAUUAACAUCAUCACUAACAACCUCUAAACCCACUUCCACGACAACAGUGGUCACAUCCUCUACACCAUCUUCCUCUUCAACAACUUCAACAUCUACUCUUGUUACUACUCUUGCUACAUCAUCAUCAUAUACACCAUCGACUACUUCUACAUCAACUGAAGUAACAUCAUCAUUAUCUACACCAUCAACCCCUCACUCUGUUUCAACCUCAACUCCUUCUUCAACUCCUUCUUCAACAACAACUUCAACACUAACAACUCCAAUCGUUUCAUCAUCAUCAUUAACAUCAUCACUAACAACCUCUAAACCCACUUCCACAACAACAGUGGUCACAUCCUCUACACCAUCUUCCUCCUCAACAACUUCAACUUCUACUCUUGUUACUACUUCAACAACAUGCCCAUAUACAAUGAACUGUCGUUACACAAACUGGAUUGAUGAAAACAAACCUACAAAAGGCAGAUCAGGUGGAGAAUAUGAAAAUCUGCUAACAUUAAAAUCUAGAGGAAAUCAAAUUUGUUCAGAAAGUGAAAUGAUGAACUCCAUCCAAUGUGAUGCAGUAGAGAUUUCAGGAACAAGUGGUGAAAGGGCACGUUCAAGCGAUGAAAGGUCACGUUCAAGCAAUGAAAGGCAACGCUCAAGCAGUGAGAGGGCACACUCAAGCAGUGAAGAAGCAAAACAAGUAUACAGUUGUGACCUUCAAAAUGGCCUGGUUUGUCUCAAUUCAAAACAGAAGGGUUUCUUAAAUAAUCAGUGUUCAAAUUACAGGAUCAGGAUUGAAUGCUGUACCAAAUUUUGUGGACCACCAACGACACCACCACCAACCAAGUCUACUUACAUAAUAUCAUCAACAACUUCUACAUCAACUGUCUCAACCAAAGUGACAUUAUCCUCUACACCAUCAACUAAAUACUCUGUUUCAACCUCACCACCUUAUUCAACAACUACUUCAACAAAAACAACUACCUCUGUUUCAACAUCAUCAUUAAGUACUGCAAUGUCAUCAUCAUUUGUAACCAUUACUUCCACUUCUGGAACAACUUCAUCUCCUGUAUCUACAUCGCUAUUUUCUACUUCUUCUACAUCGUCUACUUCAAAUUCAACUCCAUUGUCAACAACUGUAUCACAACCAUUUAGUUCAUCUAAACUAACCACAUUGCCAGUUUCAUCUGAAACUACACCACCAACAUUGAGUACUAUAUAUUCAACCGUCAGCACGUCAACUUCUUGUUUCUGCCAAGUCAAUCAGUCUUUAUUUUCACCUGGUGACAUCAUUUACAGAACUGUGGACAACGCUGGGUGUGAAUAUUAUGCAAAAUGCAGCAGCCAGUGUCAACCAGAAAGAUAUGUUGGUGACUGUAUAUCUACAUCUGCACCAACUACUAUUUCUGUGCCUACAAUAAGUGGUUUUACAACUCCUAAUGUUUCAACAAACACUACUUCAGUAAUAUCAACCACAACAACUUCUUCAACUAUUCCUGUAACUAGUGUUCCAGAGUGUGGUGAAUGUGUAUGCCAAAUGCCAAAAUGUGGAAGUGGCUACAGAGUGGUCUCUUUCCUACCUCCUGGGGCCUGCUGCGUUAACAUCACAUGUGUACCUGAUUCUGUAUGUGUUGUUGGAACUGAUGUAUAUCAGCGUGGAUCAGUCAUCCCACAGCCAAAAGAUGCCUGCCAGACAUGUUUAUGCUCUUCUGAGAUGGAUAUGAAUGCUGAAUUUUAUGCUGUAAAGUGCACCCCUAAUGUAUGUCAGAAGACCUGCAGCCAGGGUUAUCAAUAUAGAGAAAAGUCUGGACAGUGUUGUGGAGAAUGUGUGCCUAUCCAAUGUACUAUGAAGAAAGACAACAAUACAUCAGUAGACAUUAAGAUUGGAGAAACAUACAGAACAAAUAUUAGCGCUUGUAGUUACUAUGAAUGUGAAGAAGAAAAUGGUGUACCUGUUCUCACAAAGGUGAAGAAGGUCUGCCAGACUCUCGACCUCACUAAAUGUGACCUGAGCACACUCGCAUAUGAUGAAGAGGGCUGCUGUAGAACAUGUAAACCUAUAACUGUGAUUUCUGCAACAGAACAACCCAAGGUAAUAGAAGACUGCAGUGUGCGUAAGAAUGUAACUGUUCUCAAACAAGAUGACUGUGUGGCUCAGGUGGAACUCACAUACUGCGGUGGACCCUGCAUGGGAUCAUCCAUGUAUUCUAUCGCCACAAAGUCGAUAGACCACAAGUGUACUUGCUGUACACAGCGUGAAGUAGGCCAGAAGACUGUCCAACUACUUUGCGCCAAUGGAAGACGUCUCAGUUACACAUACACCGAUGUGAUCAGCUGUGGCUGUGCAGGAGCCACCUGCACACCUGAAGCCGGUCUUUCUGAGAAACAGAAAUACUCCAAAGAAAGUCAGAGUCACUCCCAGGAAAGCCAGAGUCACUCCCAGGAAAGCCAGAAUCACUCCAGAGAAAGUCAGAGUCAGUCCAAAGGACGACAGAGUGCUCAGAUCAGCAAUCAAUUUAAAAGCUAAAAUACUGCAUAGUUUGUAAAUUGACCAUUUUCAUUAUGAAAGAUCAGAAUUAUUUUUGUUUAAGAAACACCCUCAAACAAAUAAAGACUAAAAAAUACAUAAAUUGAACAUUCAGGCAAUUUCUGGAUAUUAGCUGUAAAAUUUUAACCUUGUCCAAACUAUCAACUAUAUGCUCAAAAUGAUAGUUCCAAUGUCCAGUAAGAAAAGGUUUCAACUUAUGUGAUUGUUUCAAUCUUUCAAUGUUUGUAAUUAUGAAUCAUCUGGCUUAUUUUUUUCUUUCCCUCUUGUCUUUAUUGUUUAAAUGUAGCUUAUAAUAAAUUUCAAAGCAAAAACAAA